UAUCGUCACCGUCUGCUAUUCCCAAGUUCCAAACCACUCCCCAUUCUCAGUCGCUCAAAGAGGUGGUGAUUAUAGUCCAAAAAUCACGAUGAAUGCCUGAGCAGAGCAGCCAAGCAUGCAGGCGUACUUGUUUCUGGGAGGCGCCUACAUCGACGGCGGCGCCAAUCGGAGCCUCCUGAUCUGCCCUUUGGUUUCUCCCCAAGGAGUCCGGAGCCGCAGUGGCCACCGCCAGGUUGUGGCGUCGGCCGCGGUCGAUGGCCGCCAUAACCACUACGAUGUCCUCGGCGUUUCGCCCACCGCUUCCUAUUCCGAUAUCAAGAAAGCAUAUCGCCUUCUCGCUCUCAAGUAUCAUCCUGAUGUUUGCAAGGAUUCACGAGCUGAUGAAGUGUUCAAGAGUGUCCGCGUUGCAUAUGAUAUAUUGUCUAAUGAAACGUCAAGAAAUCAGUAUGAUCGAGCACUUCAAUUUCAAGAUGAUACUGGCAUAUCAUUGAGUGGAAACUGGGAUACAAAGCAUGAAUUUGAGGAUGAUAUAAGGAUCUAUAGGUGGGCAGAUCUGAGGCGGAGAAUGAGACGUGAGAGAUAUUGGGAAAAAUAUAAUGCUAGAGAGGAUGAUUUCUCCUCUUACGAUGAAGUGGAUGAGGUAUCUGAAGAAGAAACCGUAGAUGAAGAGAGAGGGUCCUUCAUUGAAGUGCUCAGAUCGGCUUUUCUAUCUUUGUUUCUAAUGCAGACCAUUGGAGCUCGACUCUCUCUCACAUUGAGUAGUCUAAUGGCUUUGCUUGACCGGAAGCUGGAUGCUGGGUAUAAGGUGGGUUACCUGAUUGCAUGGGUUUUGGGUGGGAGAGGUGGCAUUUUGCUUACAUUGUGCCUCUCAUUUGCAAGUUGGGUUUGUGGCAAAACCAGUAGCAGCGUAGUUGCUCUAGUAGUUGUGGCAAUGUGGGUUGGCUCAAAUCUUGCAAGAUGUGCCCCACUCCCUCAAGGUGCACUUCUGACGCUCUUGUACAUGUCUAUAAAGCUACAAGCUGAUCUAAGCUAAAGCCAUUGCUAUUGUUGCUGUUGCUGCUGCGGUGGCCAAUAUCUUGUUUUCCUUUCUUGAAAGGUAUCCGUAUUUGUACAUACCCACCUUUAUGCAAUUAAUACUCAUGUUCUUUGUUGGGUGUAUUUGUACAUUUCGACAUAAUUGUAGAAAUUCAGAUGCAGCUUGGUAACAAUAUCUUUCCUUCUUAAAA